AUGGAACAUGAGAAACCCUUGACUCUCCCGUCAGACACAAGCAACACUCCAGAAAACCAUCAAACAUAUAUAUGCUCAGAGUGUGGGAAAACCUUUGCUUGCUGGCCCCACCUUUUGACCCACAGGAAGAUGCAUUUUCAAAGCGGAUCCAGUCAAAAUUUGGAAGGUGUCCUAAAACCCUAUAAAUGUGAGGAAUGUGACUUAUGCUUUGAACGAAAGUUAGAACUUCUUAAACAUCAGAAAAUCCAUACUGGAGAUAAACCUUAUCAAUGUCUGGAAUGUGGGAAAUGUUUCCAUGCAAAAUCCACUCUCAGGGACCACAAGAGAAUUCACACGGGGGAGAAACCUUACAAAUGUUGGGAAUGUGGGAAGAGCUUUUCUCAGAAGUCAGGUCUUUGGGGCCAUGAGAAGAUUCAUUCAGGAAUAAAAUCUUACAAAUGCUUUGAGUGUGGGAAAUGUUUCACCCUGAGAACAUAUCUUCUUAGUCAUGAGAAAACACACAGAAGGGAGAAAAAGAAAAAAACUUACAAAUGUUUUGCAUGUGGAAAUUGUUUCACGCAGAGUUCAGCUCUUCGGAGUCAUUGGAAAACACACAGAGGGGAGAAAAAUGUAAAGUGCCUCGAAUGUGGGAAAUACUUUUCCAGUAAAUCAACCCUGGGGCGACAUCAAAAAAUUCACACCGGAGACAGACCCUUUGAAUGCCCAGAAUGUGGGAGAAGAUUUAUGUAUUCUUUUGAACUUCGGACACAUCAGAAAAGUCACAAAGGGGAGGAACCCUAUAAAUGUGGGGAGUGUGGGAAGGGUUUUCUUACACGAAAAGACAUGCAUAAUCAUGAGAGAACCCACACAGGGGAGAAGCCAUACAAAUGUUUGGAGUGUGAGAAAUGCUUUUCCCGAAAAGACACCCUUAGAAUGCAUGAGAGGAUCCAUACAGGCAUGAAGCCAUACGGAUGCAUAGAAUGUGGGAAAUCUUUUGCUUAUAAGGAAGUACUUUGGAGACAUCAGCAAAUUCACACCGGGGAGAAGCCCUUUAAAUGCAUCGAAUGUGGACAAUUUUAUCGUACCACAUCAAACCUUAGAAAUCAUAUAAAAAUUCACACGGGGGAAAAAAGUUAUAAAUGUUUAGAGUGCGGGAAAACAUUUGCGCGGCCAGCUCACCUUACAAAUCACAGCCGAAUCCAUUCGGGAGAGAAGCCCUUUAAAUGCUCGGAGUGCAAUAAAUGUUUUUCUCGGAAAGAUACUCUCUCGAAGCAUCAGCGAAUGCACUCUGGAGAAAAACCAUAG